AUGAGGGACACAUACUAUUACAGAAAACAUAGAAGGACUCUCACUGCGACUGCCCUUCACUACCACGGCAUACUCAUCGCAUGCACAGCAUUCUCUCUCUCUACCGCAAUAUUCUUCGCCUAUCAUUUGGGAUACUUUUCGACAUUUCUUGUAUACCUCCCAUUUGCGACAGUAUGUGUCCCAGCGUUGACAAUAUUCGAUGCCGCCCAUAUAUCUAACUGGUCUCGGUGGACGCCACGGAGGAGAACACGAUUCCGAUUGUGCUUUAUAUGGUGCCUUUUCCUUCUGUUCACACCAACUUACCCUUCCUCUUCCUACCUCCGCCAUGAUGCCCCCAUAUCCCCCCUUCCGUCAAACAGCACAUACUACAUUGCGGCUAAUCUGUAUAAUUCAGCAAAGGUCUUACCCUCGUGGACGAAGGAGAUGAAGCUCCUCAUCGAACACAUAGGACGACAAAACGUCUUCGUAUCCAUCUACGAAUCAAAUUCCGUAGAUGGAACGCAAGAUAUUCUACGUAACUUUCAGAAGGAACUCGAUGAACAGGGCAUUGAGAACCAUAUAGUGGUGCAGGAAGGCAUAAGGGAUAGGUGGGGGCUGAACAGCCCCGACAGGAUUUCUUACAUGGCAGAUAUCAGGAACAAGGCCUUGGAACCCUUGCGUGUCAUGGGUGAUCAAGAUGGCAAGUCCUUUGCGAAAGUCCUGUUCUUUAACGAUGUUUAUUUUGACUGGAGAGCUAUUGUACGAUUAAUCAACACGAAGGAAGGAGAUUAUGAUCUCGCUUGUGCUCUUGAUUUUGAUGGAGUGGGGCUGUAUGACAUAUGGGUAAUACGUGAUGCUUGUGGACGGACAGCGAAAGAAAUCUGGCCCUAUUUUUCCUCGGACUCCCGAGCUGUUAAAAGCCUCCGGAAAGGUGAACCUAUCGAGGUUGCCAGUUGUUGGAACGGAGUAGCCGUUUUUGACGCGACGUGGUUUCUUGCGGGGUCUCUUCCCAAGUUGGAGCGGAAUACACCUACACCUACAGGAGAUUAUCUCCCCCCGCUACCGUUGCAGUUCAGAGGCAGUACAGAAUGCACGUCGUCGGAGUGUUACCUUAUAGCUAUUGACAUGCAUUUUUGGAACACUCCCCACCGGCCGAAAAUAUAUGUUAACCCUCAGGUCAACGUCGCUUAUGAUUCACUAAACUUUCUCUUUCAUACCAAGUUAGAACACUUGACGUUGUCAAAACCGUGGCGGUUGAUAUGGCAGGAUUGGAUUGGGCACAGGAUGUUCGGCUGGCUGAGCGACUGGAUAUGGCUUAAGGAGGAUAGAUGUUCCGGUAAACAUGGCUCAGAAGUUUUCGUGGAGGCGGAUUAUUGUAGGUAA